GUUGGAGCAAUAGGCGCCGGCCCUGGCGCUGGCUCCGCCCCUGCCGCACGCCGGCCGCCGGCCGCAGGGCAGGUUCAGCGGAGCUGACGCCGAGGCUGCGGAGUAGGCGGUGGGGCCGAGGCCUUGGGUGAGGGCGCGGUGUAACGCUGGGCCGGGUCAGCUGGAGGAGCUGAGGGGACUUCCGGCGCGCGGCUCCGGAGGCCAGUGUCUCCCUCAGGCCCGGGGCGGGACGGGGCGGCGGGAGCCGAGCGGCCACCCCGCCCGCGGCCCGCCCUUGGCGUCCGGGGCCUGCGGGCUCGUGCAGCCCAAAAGGCGGCUUCGCACGCGCUCGGCGCCUCGCGAGGGGCUUCGGAAGGUCGACCGCUGCGCCGCGCCGCGCCGGAAGCGCCUCGGCCUCUCGGGAGUGGCGCGGUGUUGACAGCUGCGCUCGCGGACUUCGGCUGUGCGUCGUUCGGGCUCGGCGCUGGGCCCGUGGGCGCUUCUCGGAGCGCUGUGGCGUCCCUGAAGCCCGCAGCACUGGGAUGGGCAGACGACAGGAACUGGAAAGGUGCCCAUGGCGUCGGAGCGGCGCAAGGUCAAGUAUCACUGGGGCAGCACGUCGGAAGGGUGUCCCAGCAAGCGCAGCCGCCCCCGGGAGCCCCGCAAUGUGGCCCCCUCCAGCCGGCCAGGUCGCAGAUGUGCGUCGCGUCCUCGAGGGGCCAGCAGCCCCCAGCGUCUGAAAGUCCGGCGCGGGGACGAUGUGGCCCGCGCUUCUCGGAGCUCAGCUCGCCGCCGCACCUCCUCUUCCUCUUCGUCGUCCUCUCUCUCUUCGGGCUCAGGUGCGGGUGGGGCCGCCUCCCCUGGCUUCCUGAUUGCGAGCCCUCGCAGAUUACUUACGUCCAAGGGGUCCUCUCUGCACCCUGCCCACUCCUCCCUAGAAGAAAUGGCUUCUCUGCGGAAGGAAGCUUGUCGCGUUAAGGUUGAUUCUAAAGAUAGUUCUUGUCGCUCUACGAACUCUGAAUUUGCAACAGAAGCUGAGGGUCAGAGUGAUGCUAUGGAGGAACCCAACAAGUUCCAGAAAAGGAAGAAGGACAGGCCUCAAGACCAGGGCUCAAGAGUGAUCUACCUGAAGGCCAUCCAGGGCAUCCUGGGGAAGUCGAUGCCCAAGAGGAAGGGAGAGGCUGCCACUACUCCGGGGAAGGCAAAUGUGGGAGAGUAUUCUAACCAGGAAGGACCAAGCAGGAAGGUGGAAGGACCAGCCAGGAGUAGGGAAGGACCCUUGGCCAGGAGUGUGGAAGGACCAUCCAAGAGCCGGGAAGAACUGGUCAAGAGCAUUGAAGAGGGACCAGCUGGAAAGGUUACAGUUACUGUUCCUCAGAAAGAGGAGUCACAUCCGAAGGUUAGGGUGGAGAAGGAAGAGUCUGCGCUAGAGAGGAGCGGCUUCUGUGACAGAAGAGUGAUUAUAGAUUCUGUGAAGAAAACUAAUGAGGAGCUGCUUGGUGACCGAAGGACAGUCAUUGACAAACCCUCCCCAUCCCUAGAAUUUUUUGAUAACUCUGACUCUCUUGCAGAUAUUCAAAAGCACACAGACAGAGAGGUAGUGAUGGAGCAUCAGUCUUCAGGGAGCGACUGGUCGGAUGUGGAUGAGCUGUCCACUGUGAGGUUCUCCCAAGAGGAACCUGUCUCACUGAAAUACUCAGCAGUUCCAGAAUCUUCUUCCUUUCCCACUGACUAUGUUAUGUACCCUCCUCAUUUGUAUAGUAGCCCAUGGUGUGACUAUGCCAGCUACUGGACUAGCAGCCAUAAGACACCUGAUUAUCCAUUGGUGGGAUCCAGCAACCAUGACUCAGCACAGGCUGGGAAGAGCAGCCAGGAUCUUCAGAAUGUUCACUCCUCCAAGUCCACAGUGAGUACCCAGAGCAUCUCCAAAGGCCUAGACACUGCCAAGGAAGGGAGGUCCCAGAAUUCCCACUCACUUCGACUCUCCAGGAGCACAGAAGAGGAGAAGGAGGCGAAGGGGAAGAGGACAUUCCAAGAGGAGACACCACUUCACCACACCAGAGAACAUACAUCCAGCUCUUUGCCAAGGAGCCACCGGGAGCUGAGCCUGGAAGAGGGCUUCAUUGAUACCCACUGUCAUCUGGACAUGCUCUAUUCCAAGCUGUCUUUCAAGGGGACCUUUACAAAGUUCAGAAAGAUUUAUAGCAGCUCCUUCCCUAAGGAGUUUCAAGGCUGCAUCUCUGACUUCUGUGAUCCGAGGACAUUGACUGAUGGCCUAUGGGAGGAACUCCUGAAAGAAGAUCUGGUUUGGGGGGCCUUUGGCUGUCACCCACAUUUUGCACGAUACUAUAAUGAGAGUCAAGAAAGAAAGCUUUUGCAUGCCUUACGCCACCCCAAGGCUGUGGCAUUUGGGGAGAUGGGCCUGGACUACUCUCACAAGUGCACCACACCAGUUCCUGAGCAGCACCAGGUGUUUGAGAGGCAGCUGAAGCUGGCCGUGUCUCUGAAGAAACCCUUGGUCAUUCACUGCCGUGAAGCUGAUGAAGAUUUGUUGGAUAUCAUGAAAAAAUUUGUGCCCUCUGACUACAAGAUCCAUAGGCACUGCUUCACUGGCAGCUACUCAGUCAUUGAGCCCUUGUUGAAGUACUUCCCUAACAUGUCGGUGGGCUUCACAGCAGUGCUGACCUACUCCUCCGCCUGGGAGGCUCGGGAUGCCCUUAGACAGAUCCCGUUGGAGAGGAUCAUUGUGGAAACUGAUGCACCCUACUUUCUCCCUCGCCAGGUGCCGAGAAGUCUCUGCCAGUAUGCCCAUCCAGGCUUGGCCUUGCACACAGUUCGAGAGAUUGCCAGGGUCAAAGAGGAGUCACUUUCCCACACUCUGUCAGUACUCCGAGAGAAUACCAGUCGCCUCUACAGUCUUUGAGCAGGGAGCACGAGCAGGCGUCUUCUGGCAAAGGAUGACCGGUGUCGUGAUAGUAUAGGACGGGCUCCAUCUGUCUGUCCAAGGUGAAGGAUGUGUUGGAGAUCCUGUCAAAACUCAGCAAACCAGGAUGUUACCUUGGAACCUCAUCACAAGGCUUCACUUGCUGGUUGCUGGGUGGGUGGGUACUGUGGAAUGGAUUUGAGGUGAGGCGUAGUUUUGCCUGUUGGCCACAAGGCCCCAGGGUAAUCAGUGAACAACAGAAAAAACCAUUUGUGAUACAGAGUACAGUGAGAUGGCCAGUCUGGAUCCCUGCCCUUUGGCCUGGGUUUCCCAGCAGUCUGAAUAAAGUCACCUCUUUAUCUGAGCA